UACCGCAGUGACAUUGUUUAUCAAAAAUUGUAUUCGCCCUGUCACCUGAUAGAAGUGUUUUUCGCUUAAAAAUAACUCGACAAAACUCUGUAUGACAAUAUUGAUUUCUUAAAUCGCAUCACAGAAAUACAUUCACAAGGAUACUAUGUGAAGGUUAUAAAAGUGAAUUAUUAAUGCACCACGUCAGUAUCUAACAUGUUGACAACAUUUGACAUUUAUCUUUUCCUAGAUGGUCUAGAAGUGAGCGAAAUUGUAUAAAAUCCAGUUAAGAUGUCUUCAAAUACCACAGAGAAUGCCAAGCAUUCUGCGGAACAUCCCGAUGGUGACGGUGCAGGUGCCACAGAAGAGGAAAAAAAAGAUGAUCGCAUGUUUGAGUGCAACAUUUGUCUCGACACUGCCAGAGACGCUGUUGUCAGCAUGUGUGGACACUUGUUUUGCUGGCCGUGUCUUCACCAGUGGCUAGAGACGAGACCCAAUAGGCAAGUGUGUCCAGUAUGUAAAGCGGCAAUCAGCAAGGAAAAAGUAAUCCCCCUGUAUGGUAGAGGUAGUACCAAACAAGAAGAUCCACGCGAAAAAGUUCCUCCACGACCAGCAGGUCAGCGUACAGAGCCUGAGCCCGGGUCAACCUUUCCAGGAUUUGGGUUUGGGGGUGAUAACGGAUUUCAUAUGUCUUUCGGUAUAGGUGCUUUCCCCUUCGGUUUUUUCACUUCAACAUUUAACUUUGGGGACGCCAGGCCAAGUCCCGCUCCCAGAGGUACGCAACAACACAUGGAAGAACAAUUCUUAUCUAAACUGUUUCUAUGGCUGGCUGUGCUGUUUAUUGCAUGGCUGAUUUUGGCAUAAAUAUAUGUAUAAUUAUUGGAACGGUGGCUUUAUGUAAAGGAGGUUAGGGCUUUUAUAUCAGCACAGUACAAAAUCAGACAGUUCCCAUUCCAGGCUGUUUUUAUGAAACAAAACAUGUGUAUAUAAUAAAAAUUUUAAUGUAAAGUGGUGAUACUCCUUAUAGUCUCUUACUUUUAAUUAAAGAGUGUUAUUUUAGUGAAGUAAAUUUUAGUUCAUAAUUUGUGUAAAUUAUCUAUCUUAUUCUGAGGGUUUAGUUUUUAAAUACAAAUUAACAUUUCCUUAAAA